AUGGGAAGCACUGGAGACAAUGAAGAUAGAAAUAAGAAAAGAAAAACGGAAGUAGAAAAACUGAAAGGAUCUCUAUUCUGCAAAGGGUAUGCGCAGAAAGUAGAAUCUGACAAAGAGGGUAGGCGCAAAAAGUAGAAUAUGACAUAUUAUAGAAUAUGAUUGUUAGUUAUCACUUGCUUGAGUUAGAUAUAUAUUACUUAUGUCAGGCAUUAGACACAUUCACAAAUACAGAACUAAACAAACUAAAAGAUUCUGUAUCAUGCAAAGUAUACUGUUUACCUUAAGAAGUUAUGUUUCAGUUAAAUAUGGUUCAAUUUGUUAUAUUUGCUUUGGCAAUAAAGUUGCUUUGCUCAAUGACGUAUGCCUUCAUGCCAGGCAUGAGAUAUAUUCACAAAUAGAACAUAGAAGUCACUUUAUUUAACAAUUAUUCGCCGAAGGCGAGGUGAUUAUCGGUGAAUAAAAACCGAGACGAAGUCGAGGUUUUUAUUCACGAUAAUCACCGAGCCUGAGGUGAAUAAUUGUUUUAGUAUAAUUUCAUAGGUGAUUAUAUGGAAAAAAAUAAAAAAAUACACAUUUCUUCGUCAUUUAAUUGACAAAAAGGCUUCGGCCGCCAUUUUGAAAAUCGCUUAGGUGAUUAUCGCGUAAUAAUCACCUCAACGGCAACCAAUCAGCGUGGAGAAUUUUCAAUAAUCACCUAUGUAAUUAUACUAAUAAUUGUUAUUCUAAUCUAGUGAGUAUUUUUAGCUAGGUAUUUUUUCGUAGGUAUAUAUAUAGACAAUAACGAACAAGACCAUAUGUUGGCACCCAUUUUAAAUUUUUAAGUACUAUGAUGGCAAAAAUGCAAAAUUUCAAGUUCAUUUUCAACAGAAAUAUAAACUAUAUACUAUUAAAAGUAUAAAAAGUAUAUAUAAGGCAUUUAAACGAGUUAUUUAUAUGCUAAAAAAAUUAAUAUGAUUUUCGUAUAGCCAAUUUUGUGCUUUUAAUGCUCAAAACCGAAGAAAAUGCGCUAAAAUAAUCUGCUAUACAGUUGCUAUCUUGCUUAUUUAACUUCUUAUUACCGUAUUUCCCUUAUUUAGUCCACAGCCUGUGUUAUAGCCCUCUCAAGUCACAUACAGAUGAGAUGCUCAUGCGCUUUAUCUAAAACUCAAUUAUUCGCCUCAGGCUCAGCGAUUAUGCUGAAUAUUCACCUUAACUUACUUCGUCCCGUUGUAUAUUCACCUACGUCACUGAGCCUGAGGCGAAUAAUGGUUAAGUAACAACCUUGUUGAUAUUAUCAGACGUGUUGCAAGGUUGCUCCAACAAGUUCGAUACAGUCAUGACAUAACAAUACUCUUACAACCUUUGUGUCAUAUUCUUGUUAUACAGUAGCAUGAUUGUAUCAGACUUGUUAGAACAACCUUGUAACACGUCUGAUAAUAAAUAGUCUGAUAAUACCAUCAAGCUUGUUACAAGUUGUUAACAGCUUGUUCCAAACUUGUUACAACAACUAGGAACAAGCAGUGCGAACACAACUUGUGGACAGCUUGGUAAUAGAUUUGUGACAACUUGUUUGCGGACCUGUAACAACUUGUGCGUUUUUACGUGCCCUAGAUUAAUUAACUAAUUUUAAAUAGAUUUCAAUAGAUAUUGACGCUUAUACAAUUUACUAACACAAACAUUUUAAUCAGUUAUCAAGAAUUGCGUUUCUUUUCUUGUAAGCAAAAAUUUCAACAUCAAACUAAUAUUAUGGUUGCUAAAAUCAUGUCUUUGAGAAGGAUAAAUCCAGCGGCCUCUAUUCAGUCACACGCUCCUUAAAUAAGCACCGAUUGGGUGCUAAAAUGUAUUAUAUAAAUAUCCUGUCCUAGAAUUGUUGCGAAAGCAAUCCACAAGACAGGGUGGAUCAAGCAUGAUCCGCUUUGCUUCACUGCUGCAAAGUCUUUCUCUCUUCUGCCCUCUGGCCAGGGCUAAGGGGGUGCACCCCCGCCCUUCCCCCAGUAAAUCCAUCCCUGCCUCAAGAUGGACAUUAUUCAUUUACAAUAUUCAUUAUUCGUUUACAAUACCUUGUUUUUUCAACGUUGUGGGUUUUUUUCUCAAAUCACUAGGACUUAAACCCAAUAUCAAAUUAAACCCCAAAUUUCGUUUUUCUUUUAAAACAUUGCUAUGAAAAGGAUUUCGCAAGUUAAAGUAUAAAAAUUUUCUUCCAUUACAAGAUUACAAUAAUUAGAACGUCACAAAUAUAAGGCUUACAAUAUUACAGAAAUUACAAGAAUUACAAGCAGCUGGCAAGAAUUUCAAGAAUUACAAAAUUACAAGACUACAACAGUUACAAGAAUACAACAGUUAGAAGAAAUACAAGUUUACAAGGAUUACAGCAAUUACAAGAUUACAGCAAUUACAAUAUUACAGCAAUUACAAGAUUACACAAUUACAAGAUUACAGCAAUUACAAGAUUACAGCAAUUACAAGAUUACAACAAUUACAAGAUUACAGCAAUUACAAGAUUACAGCAAUUACAAGAUUACAGCAAUUACAAGAUUACAACAAUUACAAGAUUACAGCAAUUACAAGAUUACAGCAAUUACAAGAUUACAGCAAUUACAAGAUUACAGCAAUUACAAGAUUACAGCAAUUACAAGAUUACACAAUUACAAGAUUACAGCAAUUACAAGAUUACAACAAUUACACAAUUACAAGAUUACAAAUUACACAAUUACAAGAUUACAGCAAUUACAGCAAUUACAAGAUUACAGCAAUUACAAGAUUACAGCAAUUACAAAAUUACAAGGAUUACAAGAUUACAAGGAUUACAAGAUUACAGCAAUUACAGCAAUUACAAAAUUACAGAUUACAAGAUUACAAGGAUUACAAGAUUACAAGAAUUACAAGAUUACAGCAAUUACAAGAUUACAAGAUUACAAGAUUACAAGAUUACAAUUACAAGAUUACAGAAUUACAAGAUUACAGCAAUUACAAGAUUACAACGAUUACAAGAUUACAAGGAUUACAAGAUUACAGCAAUUACAAGAUUACAGCAAUUACAAGAUUACAAUUACAAGAUUACAAGGAUUACAAGAUUACAAUUACAAGAUUACAGCAAUUACAAGAUUACAAUUACAAGAUUACAACAAUUACAAGAUUACAAUUACAAGAUUACAGAUUACAAGAUUACAAUUACAAUUACAAGAUUACAGGAUUACAAGAUUACAAGGAUUACAAGAUUACAGCAAUUACAAGAUUACAAGGAUUACAAGAUUACAAGGAUUACAAGAUUACAAGGAUUACAAGAUUACAGCAAUUACAAGAUUACAAGGAUUACAAGAUUACAAGGAUUACAAGAUUACAAGAUUACAACGAUUACAAGAUUACAACAAUUACAAGAUUACAAGGAUUACAAGAUUACAAGGAUUACAAGAUUACAACAAUUACAAGAUUACAGCGAUUACAAGAUUACAGCAAUUACAAGAUUACAGGAUUACAAGAUUACAAGGAUUACAAGAUUACAGCAAUUACAAGAUUACAGCAAUUACAAGAUUACAGCAAUUACAAGAUUACAGCAAUUACAAGAUUACAACAUUACAAGAUUACAAGAUUACAAGAUUACAAUUACAAGAUUACAAUUACAAGAUUACACAAUUACAAGAUUACAGAUUACAAGAUUACAAUUACAAGAUUACAGCAAUUACAAGAUUACAGCAAUUACAAGAUUACAGCAAUUACAAGAUUACAAGGAUUACAAGAUUACAGCAAUUACAAGAUUACAGCAAUUACAAGAUUACAGCAAUUACAAGAUUACAGCAAUUACAAAAUUACAACAAUUGCAAGAUUACAGCAAUUACAAGAUUACAGCAAUUACAAGAUUACAAGGAUUACAAGAUUACAACAAUUACAAGAUUACAAGGAUUACAAGAUUACAGCAAUUACAAGAUUACAGCAAUUACAAGAUUACAGCAAUUACAAGAUUACAAAGAUUACAAGAUUACAAGGAUUACAAGAUUACAAAGAUUACAAGAUUACAAAGAUUACAAGAUUACAGCAAUUACAAGAUUACAGCAAUUACAAGAUUACAAGCAAUUACAAGAUUACAGCAAUUACAAGAUUACAGCAAUUACAAGAUUACAAAGAUUACAAGAUUACAAGGAUUACAAAGAUUAG